AUGGAAGGCCCAUCAGGAUGGAACGUAAUGCCCGUCGAGGUUCUCGAAGAUAUUUUCAAGCAUCUUCCAGCCAAAAAUAAAGGACGUUGCUCACAAGUGUGCCGCCAAUGGAACGAAGGAUUCAAAUCCGAUUUCUCUUGGCGUACAUUCACCUUCAAAGACGGCGUUUUCGUUCGCCGCAAGUUCACCCAACACUCCGGUUGGCAAUAUCACAUUGAUCAUUGGCGAUUGAAAAAUCUCAUAACCAACAAGACCAAGGCUUGGAGAGUAUUGAACGUGGAGCCAGUCAACAACAUCUUCAACCUCUAUGAAUUCUUCAGAGUGUUGGCCAACUACUCCGAGCACUAUGAGAAAUUCAGCGCAACGGAGAGACCAAUCGGAAAAAUCCACACGUUCAACUUCAAGUGGCACCUCCACGUUGACCAAAAUGAGACUGGUGGUUUGAUUGAGGAUAAAGAUGUCGGUACCGGCGGUCAAAUUCUCGGAAGUCUCAACAACGUCCUGAAAUACCUCCAUGGACUCAAGUCGCUGAAUUUGGUUGAUCUUCAGCUCACUCAUCAAGAAGCGGAUGAAUUCUUGGCGACUCUAUUGGAAAAGUUCCAUGAGAAGUUGACCUACUUGAGUCUGCUAAACGUUACACUCUUUCCAAAGCCAAUCCUUCAAGUUGGAUGUUUUCUAAAGCUCCGUAAGCUGUUGGUGUCGCCGCAGAUGUUGUGCACCGACACGCUUUCAGCGAUCGCUUGCCUCGAGCAUCUGGAGAAUCUCUCCAUUGUUCAGGAUGAAAAGAGUAGCCAGUCGACGGAUAUAAGCCGGAAUGCGUGGAACAUGUUUGUCAAGCAGAACAUGGAUCGAACACGUGUCUGGCUUAUCCUACGAGGAAAACCGAAAACAUCGCUGAUUAUCCAGCCAGGUGCCCCAGUAUACGGUAUCAGAAUGGAAAAUAGUGCCGGACAGCUUACAAUGGAGCUUGCUGAGCAGAUUGCUAACUACUACUCCGGAUCAUUGCACCACUUCAUACAGAGCGGUCUUGAGAGAAUGAAACGAGGAAAGAAAAUGGAGGAGAGAGUGGAUUCAGCGCUUAUUGAGAUUGUCAGCAGAUGUCCACUCCUAGAGAGAGUCGCCUGCCGUGAAAGACUGUCGUAUGGUACUGCAGUCAUACUGUCAGUGUAUGCAGAAAGGAACGGAUUCAAGGUGUAUCUACGAAAAAACGCCUUGUUGAAAAGAAUUUGCUGGUGUCGCUUCGACAUGGAGACUCAUGGAAUCCUGUUCAACUGGCUGAGAGAAAUGUGCCGCACCGAGGAGCUUGUCACCGAGAGUUUGCAGUACAGUACCAACCAACCAAUGGUGGUUUAUGACGACAGAUCGUAUAAAGCUCUCAACUUGUGA